AUGGCAGACCCUUCACCUCCUAACCCGCCCAUCACUCCGUCCGAGGCUUCCUCGGGCUCCCAAUCUCGCUCGAGCACCACCUUGCGCUCAGGCCGUGAUGGCAAGACAGCCAAACGGGAGCAGGUGGCAGCUGCAUGUCUGGAGUGCCGGAACAAGAAAGUCAAGUGCGACGCCGUGAGACCAUCCUGUGGCCGUUGUACGCAGCGCAAGCUUCAGUGUGGCUACGACGUUGCAGAGCCCGACACCACCAAGCUCGUUGCGGCGAGACGGAGGAACGAGGAGAUGCAGGAGCAACUGGAAGGGAUGAGGGAGCUGUAUGGAUACAUGGCGGAGAGGACGGAGGAAGAGGCGACGCGCAUCCUCCAAAUGAUUCGCGCUCAUCCUGACGACCCCUUUGCAGUGCUACGUGCCAUACAAGAGGCCGACCUGUUACUGCUCCGCUCGGCAGGUGCUGCGCGGGGAGGCAGCGACCAGAACGCUCCCCAAUGA